AUCAGUUGCUUGUCGUUACCCUGAGCGAGUGGUGCGCUUUUUUAAUUAUAGCUUCAAGUUCGACGUUUUCAGUUGUGCGUGAAGGUGUUUGCUUGCUGCUAGCGACUUGUUGUGAUGAAAUUUGUGAUUGUGAAAGCUUCGAACAAUUCGAGAUUUUAGAAAAUCGAAUAACAUGAAAAUAUAAUAAAUAUAUUUUUAAGACUGCUAAAAUAUUUCAUAAAAAUAUUAGAUAGUAAAUGUGUGUGUGUGGGUGUAAAUGAAUUGUGAUUAUUUAUAGCUUUUAAAAUGAUUUACGAAACUUCAUAUGACAGCGGCCGCCUGCCGUACAAGCCUGAUUUAACGCGCGGUUAUUGGGCGAAGCCGAGCGACUUCAUUCUCACCGGCAUGAGUUUGGCUUUCCGCCUGGACAUCUUCUCUAUAACCUGGGUUAUAUUUGCAUACGAAGGUUGCGCGUCUGUUGUGCCAUAUAUAAUAUGUUUGUUCCUCUUUGUGGUACCGCUAUUCAUCAUACAGUCAUUUAUUGGCCAAUUCUCGAGUAGUGGCUUUAUCUCGGUGUUUCGCAUGACACCGAUUUUCAAAGGAAUCGGCUACAUCAGCUUGGCUGUGAAUUUGGGUGUGCUUACUUACUACAGCAUUUUUGCCGCCAUACCGUUAUUCUACCUCUUCCAUUCACUACGACCAACGCUACCCUGGAGCUGCGAGGGCAUAAAAAAUUGGUUGCACACAUUUAACGGGCAAGAAGUGCGACAUCUCUGCCAUAUGCUACACAAUGAGACCGCGCCGGAAUUCACCAAAGAUGAUUGGUUUGUUGUAACGCACGAACUGCCGUCGAAUUUAUUUUUGAAAUCACAUUUCGAUGAUAUAGAAGUAUUUGAACCCCGUAGCAGAGGUUUUUAUAUCUCAUGGGAAGUCUUGCUUUGCACUCUGCUCGUAUGGACUAUAAUUGCGGCUGUAUUCUAUAAAUGGCACAACAUUGAGAAGUUGGGCACGCUGCUGCGCUACUCCAUCUUAACCACCUGCCUUCUACUCUUCAUCGUGGUAGUACGAUUUUCUUUGGUGCCCAAAGACCCUUGGCUUUGUAUAUAUAAUUUCUUUGUACCGAAGAUGUAUACUUUCCUACGUGGCUUUCCAACAGUCAGCUUGUAUAUUGUGUCGGCAUUUGGCGUCGGCUGGGGUACCAUCAUCGCCUUGGCCAGCUACAAUAAAUUCAAGACAAAUAUCAUACAAAAUAGUUGGACUAUUUGCUUAGGACAAAUGUUCAUGUUUUUUUCAUUCGCCUUCUUAAUAUUUGUGACCGAUAGCUACUUUGAAGAAAUUAAAGAUGCAUAUAAUGACGACAGUAUGGAGGCGUAUGCGUAUAUAACCCAUACGUGGGCUUUGUUUUUGUCCACGGGCAGCGUAAUGGCGGAAAUGGCAUGGCCAAAUCUUUGGUGCAUUUUGUAUUAUACAAUGUUGCUCUUGGCAGCAUUAAUUACAAUGACAACCAGUCUAAAAGCAACUCUUCAAAGUCUCUUCGACGAGUUCGAGGUACUCCGCGCGCGCCAAACAGAAGUGAUGUUCAUUGUUAUAUCCCUAUUAGCCAUGAGCUCGUUAUACACCUGUACCAAUAAAGGCGUCUUUUUCCACAUCGUACUCUCCAACGAUACGCUCGUCACUCAAACGGCUCUCAAUCUUUUGUUGAUUUUGGUAGUGUUGUGGAUCUAUGGGCGUGUGCGUUUCCAACGUGACAUUGAAUUUAUGUUGGGUCAAAGCUUCGCCACAUGGAAGAUUUAUAUGCUGCGAUUUGUGGCUCCUCUGUGUCUCAUUAUGCUCUUGAUCGGUGCACUUGCUCUUGCAUUUGUGCAUCAUGAGUUUGGUGGCCUCGUAUUGCAAAUAGCUGCACUACUCUUUAUUGUACUGCCGUGGCUGUAUGUGCCGGGUUACAUGCUAUAUAUUAUCCUACAAACUACAGGCACAUUUAAGACGCGUUUCGCGCGCUGCUGCCGUCCUCUGGACUGGUAUCCGGUGCAGUUGGAAGAUCGUCAACGCUAUGAGAAAUCCAUGCGCAAUGCAGAUGCGACACAUCAAUUGAGUCAACUGGAUGACGAGACGGCGACUUAGCGCUCAGUUUAAAGUGUGAUCUAAAGGGCAUACAAGUGUAUAUUCCUUCAUCAUGAAACUUAAUUUAC